CGACACUGCCGCGGGCGUGUGCUUCCCGCUGCCCAAGCUCUGGCGGAGGCUGGACCUGUCGUGGGCGCUGCGGAAGGCCUGGCGACGAGUGGCACCUGCAGAGCGGGCGCUGCCGUUCACGCUCGACAUCGCCGCGGGCAUGGCGAGCCUGGCAGUGGAGGCCGGAGCGUUCGACUUGAGCUGCCUGCUGCUCAUAAGUUUUGAGUGCCUGUUGCGGGGGGCGAGGCCUUGCGUUGACGGUGGACGACGUUUUCGGCCGAGGUACUCAGUCGUGCUGCAUAUCAAGACGUCCAAGACCACAGCAGGCAAGGACGCUGCGGAGGCCGUCGCCAUCAGGGCCUGCCUCGACGCUACUCGCGGCAGCUUGCCUGGCGACGAGGCGCCUCGGACUUCUUUCUUCCUGCAGUCGUCCUCCAUGGAGGCGGCGCUCGCGAGGGGCAGCUGGGUCAGCAGCAUGACGGCCCGCACCUACAUCGAGG